AUGGCGCCAAGAUUGGAAAGUAUGCUACUUAUGUAUCCAAGAUCUGGAUCCACACUAGUGCAAUUCGGUCUUAAUGAUGAAACGUUUACAGUCCCACAAUUGGAAUUCCCAACUCAAAUUUACAGAUCGUUGGAUCCCGCAACAAACCAAUAUAGUUUCUACACACAUCCUACCGACUCUACUGAAUUGAUACAUCCAGUUGUCAACGGAUCCAUUGUGGAUUUGGAUGCCUUCUUAAACCUGAUAAAAUUGAUUUAUGUCUCAAUUCUGGCAGAAAAACACAAACAAAACCCAGAAAAUGCAUUCACAUCCGAAUUAUCAAAUAUCCCAUUCCUUUUGAUCUCUCACCAUAGUUGGUCACAAUACCAAUUGGAGAAGAUUACGCAAUUUGUCUUCGAGACAUUGAAGAUUAAAAAUUUCAUGUUCCUUCCAACCUCAUUGGCAGCAUCUAUCGCCAUGAUUUCUUUACAACAUUGUUGUAUUAUAGAUAUAGGUUACAACCAUACUGAUAUUUGCCCCAUCAUGGAUUACACUCCUAUAGCACACCUUACUACAACAAUACCAAUCGGUGGAACGAGUAUUAAUGAAUCACUAAGGAGACAAUUACCUAACUUGACCGUUGAUCAGAUCGAAACUUUGAAAAAAUCCUCCAUUUUUGAAGUGUUGAACGAUGAAGAUGUGAAGAAAUAUUCUAAAUUCGGUGAUGUCCAUCAUAAUGAUAUCGAUGUCGCGGCUGAUGAUGAUGCCACUUUGGAUGUAGCCAGUAUUAUUACUAGUGAUAGAGAUACUCGUGAAGUCCUUGCGGAAAGAGAACGUAAGAAGCUGGAAAAUAAUGUGCCAAAUUCAGAAUUAGAAAAGAAUACCUUCAUAGAUAGUAAUGGUGAAGAAAUUGUAGUCGGAAAACAAAGAUUCCAAGGUUGUGAUAGUUUGAUUCAAAACAUUUCAAGAAGAGUCGGUCUGGUAUUGGGACAAGUUGAUGAUAUCAGUAAAUUAAGGACAAUGUGGGAAAAUAUAGUGAUAAUUGGAGGAACGUCGUCAAUUCAAGGUUUUAAAGAAGCCUUAACAUCAAGAUUAAUGAGGGAUCAUCUAGUGAUGGAACCUAUUGAGGAAAGAACGCAAAGGGAACAAGAAAGUAUUGCCGCACAUACAUCCACUAAUACAAAGGGUAAAAAGAAUAAAUUCGUGGGAGCUACCUUCGUUCAAGAUAUUGAAUAUUUACAAGCUCCUACCAUAAUAAGAUUGGCCAAGUAUCCUGAAUAUUUCCCUGAAUGGAAGAAACAUGGUUAUGGCGAAAUUUCCUUCUUAGGAGCAGAGAUUGUAUCAAAACAAUGUUUCACCCACUCUAAGGAUAAUUAUUACGUUACUAGGGAAAGUUAUGAAGAAAAGGGUCCCAUGGCUCUUUGGGAUGUUGAAUUCUAG